AUGACCGAUCCCGCGGGAGUCGACCGCUCCCAUCCUCUCUACAGCCCGGUGAGCGUGAACAAGAAACGAGUCGCCUACUUCUACGACUCUGAUAUCGGCAAUUAUGCCUACGUCACCGGCCAUCCUAUGAAGCCUCAUCGUAUCAGGCUGGCGCAUAGCUUGGUCAUGAAUUACAAUGUCUACAAGUUUCUGGAGGUCUAUCGCGCGAAGCCCGCUGUCUUUACUGAGAUGACCCAAUUUCAUACCGACGAGUACAUCGACUUCCUCCAGAAGGUCACACCAGACAACAUGGACAGUUACUUAAAAGAGCAGGGCAAAUACAAUGUCGGAGAUGAUUGUCCCGUGUUCGAUGGCCUGUUCGAGUUCUGCGGUAUCAGCGCUGGUGGUAGCAUGGAGGGUGCCGCCCGUUUGAACCGCCAAAAGUGCGACAUUGCAAUCAAUUGGGCUGGUGGUCUACAUCACGCCAAGAAGAGCGAAGCUAGCGGGUUCUGCUACGUGAAUGAUAUUGUUCUUGCCAUCAUUGAGCUCCUCCGAUUCAAGAAGCGCGUCUUGUACAUCGACAUUGAUGUCCACCACGGAGAUGGCGUUGAGGAGGCCUUCUACACAACCGACCGUGUCAUGACCGUCUCCUUCCACAAAUACGGCGAGUACUUCCCAGGUACUGGUGAGCUGCGCGACAUUGGUAUCGGCACAGGCAAGAACUAUGCCGUCAACUUUCCUCUCCGCGACGGUAUCACCGACGCCUCUUACAAGACCAUCUUCGAGCCUGUCAUCUCUGCUGUCAUGGAGUACUAUCAACCGGAGGCAGUCGUCCUCCAGUGUGGUGGUGACAGCUUGUCUGGUGACCGACUUGGCUGCUUCAAUCUGAGCAUGCGAGGACAUGCCAAUUGCGUUAACUUCGUGCGUGGUUUUGGACUCCCGACUCUUGUUCUCGGCGGUGGUGGCUACACAAUGCGAAACGUUGCCCGAACAUGGGCUUACGAGACCGGUCGUCUUGUUGGCGUCGAGAUGGAUCCUGUCCUGCCGUACAAUGAGUACUAUGACUAUUAUGGUCCCGACUAUGAGCUCAACGUCCGUCCCUCCAACAUGGAGAAUGCGAAUAGCACCGAUUACCUCGAGAAGAUCAAGAUUGCAGUCAUCGAGAACCUGAAGAAGACAGCCCCUGUGCCGUCCGUGCAGAUGCAGGACACCCCGCGUCAGGGACUCGGUAUGACCGACGAGGAGGAGGCAGAACUUGACGAUCUUGAUGAAGACGAGCAUAAGGACGAACGGGUCACCCAGCGCCAGUGGGAGAAGAGCAUCACCCGCGAAGACGAGUUCGAAGAGAGCGACGAUGAGGAUAUGGCUACUGCGAAUGGCGUUCACAAGACCAACGGCAAAAGAAUGGGCAUUAUGGACUACAAAAACCCGCAUGCUGAUACGGAUAUGGACAGUGGCGCUAUUACCCCAGUAAACGGACAACGGGAUGGUUCAGUGGCUCCAGCUGCCGAGGACGAGCCCGAGGCGGAGAAUGAGAAUCACGAUGGUGAUGAGACAAUGGAGGAUGUCGAGGCUCAGCCAAAGGAUGUGGCCGUUGACGCCACAAAUGAGGACAAGCCCGCCGAACCAGCUGCCAAGGUCGAUAACGAUGGCGAUGUUGACAUGGAAGCCGCAGCUGAACCUGAGACGACCAUCAAGCAAGAGGAGACAGAGCCCGCCCCAGCCUCUGAGGACAAGGUGGCAAGCCCCAAGGCCACUGAAGAGCCCAAGGACAAGGAGACAGGCUCACCAAAGGCAUCUGCCGAGCCUGAGAAGGCUACCACUCCCGCGCAAGGCAGCGACAAGAUGGAAGUUGAGGUGAAAGAUGACGCCCCCGCUGCUUCAGCAGAGCCCGACAAGGAGAAGGAAUCCUAG